AUGGAAUGGUUCGCCAGUAGUUUGGCGGCGCUUGUUUUGGGAUUCAAGGCUGGUUAUCGACAUAUAGAUGAUGAUGGCGAACAUGAGAAAGCUGGCGUGAAACGCACGGCUUUCUGCAAUGCUGUGUGCGUCUACCCUUUUGACAACCUGUUUAAGAAAAAAAGGAAGCACACCGUUUCUAUGCGAGAGCAAGUAAAGUAUAGUAUAAGGAAGAAGAAAAGAGCUGUGCUUCCCGUAUGCAUGUCGGGCAUCACAGAGCCUGCAACCGAUGCCUGCGGAAGGAAGAUGCCUUCUCGUUGCAAUCAGCCAACAGAUAAGCCGUUGUACUCCAUACUCGGCCUCGAAAUCGCCCGAAAAGAAAAGAAAAAAGCCAGCAUAUUGGGGGCGAGCUGGGGCCUUGUCCACGGUGGGCGCGUAGCUGUGUCUCUUCUCGUGACGGAGAGAGUAUCUCAACCUCCAACAGCCUCUCGUCCACUUGUGCUGGAUGAAUUAAUUCUUCUCUCUCCGCGACAUGGGCCGUCCAGAGGAAACCGUCACAGCGGCAGACAGGCAGCAAGACAGACACACAGCCCGUCGGCAUCUAACAGAGCCUAUCACCGUGUCUCAAGAGCCGCUGCUGGUGUUGCUGCUGCUGGUUCGGUGUCGACGGUUGAUAGAGACCUGAGGUCGAUCUACGGUGGCGCCAGAGCUGUACCGGAGCAAAGAGAGACAGGAAGGAGAGGGGGGCCGUUUGCAACAGUUGGUGAAGAACUGGACCCUGACAAGGCCCCAUCUGUGGCGUAG